AUGGGGAUUAAACUGUUGAAUUCUUCUCCAUACUACGCCCAAGCUAAUGGCCAGGCAGAAGCAUCUAAUAAAGGGGUCAUUAAGCUGAUUAAGAGAAAGAUUGAUGAGCAUCCUAGGAAGUGGCAUACCGUGCUUCAUGAAGCUUUAUGGGCUUACAGGAUGUCUUGUCAUGGUGCUACUAAAUUGUCUCUGUAUCAGUUAGUAUAUGGACAUGAAGCUAUCCUCCCGUGGGAGUUGAAACUUGAUUCACGACGUGUCACAUUUCAAGAUCAGUUGACAGCUGAUGAAUAUUCUGCUCUGAUGAAAGAUGAGUUGGAAGAUUUGGCUGGCUAUCGGCUGAAGGCUCUUGUGAACGUUGAAGCAAACAAAGCCAGGAUCGGCCGAUGGUAUGACAAGAAAGUAAAAUCUAAGGCCUUUGCACAAGGAGAGUUGGUUUGGAAAUUGAUUUUGCCAAUAGGAAUGAAAAGUUCAAAAUUCGGCAAAUGGUCACCAACAUGGGAAGGGCCGUUCAGAGUAAGCCGGUGUGUUCCUGGUAAUGCUUACAUUCUGGAAACGCUCGAAGGAGAAGCAUAUUCUAGAGCUCUUACUGGAAAGUAUUUAAAGAAGUAUUACCCAAGCGUUUGGGUAGAUGCAUAG